AUGCGUCCUCGACACACGCAACAUUCGUUCAACGCUUUCCCGGUGUACUCGUGCGCCUUCUUGUCGCCCAACCAACUGGUUCUUGGGGGUGGAGGAGGCGCUUCCGCGAGCGGUAUCAAGAAUAAACUUAGACUGUACAAUAUUUGUGACGACCGCUCUAUAGAGCUGAAGGAUGAGUUCGAACUUGAGAAAGGCGAGGAUGUACCCAUGAGCAUGGCGGUCCAUACCGAGAGUGGAAAUAUUAUAUGUGGUGUGAACAGCACUUUGGAGAAAUUGGAGAAGGGAGAGAACGAGAACUGCCGCGCGUUCACCGUGUCCAAAGACAAAAUAAAACUACUUGCUACCAAGAGGACCCUUUCCGGUGCAGACUUGGAUGACUACCAAAAAGUUACUGUAUUGUCACCUGAUGGCAGCAUGCUGGCUGUGGCUGGGGCACGCGAUCUCACGCUCCUCGCUUAUCCCUCGUUGGUGCCCCUCGCCGAACCCAUCCACACGGACAAAGAGAUUUAUGAUGCUACCUUCUGCAAGAACUCCUUGAUUCUUGCUACAACACAUAACCUCUUUGUAUAUUCCUUGCCGGAUGUGUCGAGCACUACCUCGUCAUCCCCGCCGCCAUCGCCCAAAAAGACUAGAAAGAGAGCAAAGGUUGCGGCAAGCACCUCGACUGCCAAGGUGCAAUCAUUACAUCUAGAAAAGAAAGUCGAUUUACCCUCCUCAACUGGCGAAGGAAGUACCUUCCGUGUUGCCAGAUUCCACCCACUUUAUGAAGACACUCUGUACACCGUCGUCAACGUCGUAUCCCCUCGGACAAAGAAGUCGAAGACUGUUACACGCCAGGCAUAUGUUUGCAAAUGGAACACCAACACUUGGACAGUAGAAAAGUCGAGAAAAGUCGGCGACCGCAGUCUGACUUGCUUCGACAUCAGCAUAGAUGGUCGUUUUUUGGGCUUCGGGUCCUCAGACCUGUCAAUAGGAAUGCUGGAUGCAAAGACCCUGGCUCCCCUUUCUACGAUUUUGAAGGCUUAUGAAUUACCACCGACUACAAUCAAAUUCGACCCAAAUACAACGUUACUGGUAGCGGGCAGUGCAGACAAUACGAUCCGGAUUAUGUCUAUACCCUCUACCGUUGGCGGGUCAAGUUGGAGCGUAAUCAUAUUUAUCUUCCUUGCGCUUGUCUUUGUGCUGGUCGCAAUCGCAGCAAAGCAGUACAACUUGCAAUUCUAA